AUGUUACCCAGCCGAUUGGGCUCAGCCGACAGCCUCACACCACGAACAGAAAUACUUGCAUCCUUACGGCAAUUUGUCGACAAGUUCUGUGCGGUAAUCCAUGACCUCUGUGACAAGGCACCCAGCGUUGCGGAGGCCAUUGCUAGAGUCAUCCAGGAGAGAGUAAGAUCAAGAACCUGCCCGGACUCGCCGUUAUCGAAACGGAGGCCACUCCGAAAUCAAGACCCGUCGUACCGUCCAUCCAAGUUUGUUAAACGCGAAUCAGCCGUGUGUGACGCCGAGCCAGAUAGUCUAGAUGCAGAAAGUGUGGACGAGAACCCAAGGAGCGAGAAUGUCAAGUCUUCCGACUCCUCCGCCGACGAGGGACUUGCCAACUCACCAACAGGGACUCCAGCGCCCAUUGGAUCCCCGGCGGAGGCCUCUACGGACCCGAUGCAAUCGACCCAACAUGAAGUUCGGGGCCAAGACCUUGCUGCCCAGUUAUCGGCACCGGACCAUUUAUUCAUGGCGAUCCCCUCCGUGCGAGACCUGAUCCUCCAUACAACCCGGACCCUCCAUAGGCUUGCCAAAUAUCAAGAUGGAGUGCCAGCGAACAUUCACAAGAGGAUCGUUCUUACUUUACAGGGUGAGAACCCGGAGGCGCUAGCCUCAUUGCCCUGCGAUCAGUGGUCUGAUGGCUCAAUGUGGGUGCAAAUCCUUAUGAGGGGUUAUUCCCACAGGAGCAGGGUGACUAUCCUCAAUAUGCUGGAGUACAUGGGAGCCUGGGAAUGGUACGAUGCCCAGGUAAGAUCUAUGCAAAAUGCCCAAGCUACCGCACAGGGCCAGCCCGCAGGCCGUCGAGGUGCAGCGAUCAAGGUGCUAGACCGUAUAACACCGCGGGGAAAGUGGAUAAGUGGAAUCGGAAGAGUCAUCCCCGAACAGGAUGAGAUAACUAGUCCGGCGCAUACCAAUCUCUCCGACAGCGAAAUUGGAGAGGACAGCUGA